AUGUUGCAUCGAAUGGCGAAAGGUCAAAACGCCAAGAGAAGUAGUCUUAAGUCUCGAAUGUAUAAAUAUCUGACCGACGGGAAGUCAAGUAUCGGUGUUGAGAAGUUUGAACAGAGCGACAAUGAAAUUGAAGUGUUAGCUGGUAUUCACCUGCGAAGUCACAGAUACUUGUUGGAGAUUAAAUUAGAAGGAGAUGGAACUAUUUGCAUGCCUGAAUAUUUUGGGUGCAGAGGAAGCCCAGCUUAUAAUUCUGCUACUGCGGAAGAUAUGAUGAGAUCCUCAACCACUGUAAACUUCAGCCAUCAAUACUAUGAUCCACGCGACAAUGAAGAGCUUCGAGAUCUUCUCGAUCUUGUUGAAUAA